GUAAAAGUUGGGAUCGGAGCCCUUUGGAGAGAGAGAAACAGACAGGAGGAGGCAGAGGGAAGCGGGCAUUUCUGCGGCUUUACAGCGAGCGUUAAACAAGGGAAACGCAGCUUUAUUGUUAGGGUUUUAUGCCACAAAUAGAAGAAAAGAAAAACAGUCAAGAAGAGACAAGAGGGGGCUGGCGGCGGCUCUCUCUCAAAGUUCAAGCCAGAAAUUCGCUUGUUAACUGCAGGAGGAGUAGAGAGAUAACUGCGAGCUGCUUGACUUUUGGAUUUCCGUUAAAAAAAAAAAAAAGAGCGCGUGAGGUUUAGAGGAAAACCCGAGUUUUAAAUGAACAGUUGUUGAAAGUUUUGGCGCCGCUGCAGUCGGUAAAUGUUGUGACAUUUUCGGAAGGCUGCAAAUUGCUCCCAGCGGUCGACGGUCGAGAGGCGGAGGGGCUGAGAACCCGAGCUGUCAAACCCGAUGACUACUGCAAACUGCCACGGGAAUGAGGAGCUGGACUUCAGACUGAUUUUCGGAGAAGACGGGCAGCAGCAGCCUUUAGGCCCCACAGAUCUGGAGCCUGAUGACAACACAUCAUUCUACAUCCUAAAUGUGGGCCAGCCCCAGUCUAUGGUUACCAACCACCAGUCUAUUGGCCUGCCUCGUCAUGGCAUGCACUCCCACCAUCAGGUCAUCAGCACUUCUCCGCGCCUUCAAUCGCACAAAACAGGAUCUGAGCCUCUAAGCUAUGAAGCACAAGGCUCCAAGUAUGGCACCUCGCCGUUGCUGCCCUCUGCUCCUGUGGAGGCACCAAAAGCCUUUGAAUGCCCCAGUAUCCAGAUCACCUCCAUCUCCCCUAGUUGCCAGCAGGAGAUAGAUGCCAGUGAGGGGGAUCUGACGGCUAAUGGCCCUGAUAGAGAUUAUCAUGGCGACAGGCCCUUGUCCAGAGACCACCUGUAUUUACCACUGGACCACUCAUACAGGGACUCUUCCCUUAGUCCUAGCCCUUGCAGCAGCCUCUCCUCUAGGAGCUGGUUUUCUGAUGCCUCGUCUUGCGAAUCAUUUUCACAUGUCUACGAUGAUGUUGACUCAGAGUUGAAUGAAGCAGCUGCAAGGUUUAGUUUGGGCUCCCCUCUGACCUCUCCAGUGUGUGCGUCCCCGCAGGCUGUUGGUGGGAUUCUGGAGGAGCAGUCGGCAUGGCAGCACCAUCAUCCACCCUUUGUGCAUCAUUCUCACUCCACCCUUUCUCCCCGACAGUCUCCCUGCCAUUCACCACGCAACAGUGUCACUGAUGAAAAUUGGCUUAGCCCCCGGUCUCCUUCCAGGCCUUCAUCAAGACCAACCUCACCCUGUGGCAAAAGGCGACACUCGAGUGCCGACAUUUGCUAUCCCGGUUCUCUUUCUCCUCAUCACUCACCUACACCGACCCCAGGUCCUUCCCCAAGGGGGAGCGUGACAGAAGAUACGUGGGCCGGGAGUCCCACUGUAGGCAUGUCACCUUUUCAGUGCUGCUCAUCUGAGACGGACAUCCCAUCAAAGACGAGGAAGACCUCACAGGAUAGAACACCUCUGCAGACAGGGAAAGGAGAGCUGGCAUUGGACGAGCAGGAAAAUCUUUCUGCUAACCUGGAUUCUCCUUCAGAUGAGAACAUGCACAGUCUGAAAAAAGAUGGGCCUGUAGAACAGUUCCUCUCUGUACCCUCACACUUCUCAUGGAAUAAACCCAAACCUGGACAUACGCCUAUAUUCAGGACAACCUCGCUCCCUCCUUUAGACUGGCCAUUGCCAAGCCAAUUUGGCCAGUAUGAGCUGAAGAUAGAGGUGCAACCCAAAGCUCACCACCGUGCACACUAUGAGACUGAAGGCAGCAGAGGAGCUGUCAAAGCAGCAUCUGGUGGCCAUCCAAUCGUCAAGCUCACCGGCUACAGCGAGAAGCCUGUGAACCUGCAGAUGUUCAUAGGAACAGCGGACGACCGCUACCUGAGGCCACAUGCCUUUUACCAGGUGCACCGGAUCACGGGGAAAACUGUAGCAACGGCCAGCCAAGAGAUUGUGGUCUCCAGCACCAAAGUUCUUGAAAUCCCCUUACUUCCUGAAAACAACAUGUCAGCCAGCAUUGACUGUGCUGGCAUACUGAAGCUGCGGAACUCAGACAUCGAGCUGCGGAAGGGAGAGACGGAUAUAGGACGGAAGAACACACGGGUCCGCGUGGUGUUCCGAGUGCACAUCCCUCAGCCCAAUGGGAAGGUCCUCUCCCUGCAGGCUUCCUCUAUUCCUGUGGAGUGCUCCCAGCGUUCAGCUCAGGAGCUGCCGCAGGUUGAAAAGUCCAGCCUCACCAGCUGUCUGGUCAGUGGGGGUGAGGAGAUGGUGAUCACUGGUUCCAACUUCUUCCCAGAGUCCAAGGUUAUCUUCCUGGAGAAAGGCCCUGAUGGACGACCACAAUGGGAAGUUGAAGCAAAAAUUAUCCGAGAAAAAACCCAAGGUUCAUGCAUUGUCGUGGAAAUCCCUCCGUACCACAGUAAGACUGUAACUUCAGCUGUGCAGGUGCAAUUUUAUGUCUGCAAUGGAAAACGGAAAAGGAGCCAAUCACAGCGCUUCACCUACCUAUCAGUGAUGGUGAAACAGGAGCACAGAGAUGAGCUGGACCUCACUGCUGUACCUCCCAUUUCCAUGCCCCUGACACAUGCUCCCAGUCUGGUGCACCCUCAGCUUCCUUCUCCUGAACAGGGCCACCCAUCGGACAACCUUCUGUCCAGCUCUCUUCACAGCCUGGCCACUGGCUCAGGACCUGGCCUGCUACCUCUGUCGGGCCCCUGUCCCUCCCUGAGCUCCCCGCCUUUCCAGCACCUGCCUCACCUCCAGGGUCACAGUUUGCAGCACCCCCCCACAGACUGCCACAUGACGUUCCACCAGAGCUCUGCUCCCGCUCCCCCACGGCCCACUUACCAGCCUUUGCAACACAGCCACAGUCCGAGUCAUAAUCUGUCCUUUAACGGACAGCCCAGCCUCCCUUCUCAGACCUAUGAGAGGAUCCCCUUUCAGCAGAGCCCCACGGCAGCAUCACAUCCAGUAGGCCUUGGAAUAGUUUACUCCUCUAGUUGCUCCUCGCCAUCUGCUCUCUCCUCCUCACCCACCAAUCCUAUUGUUGGAUCCCCUCAGAACCAUCAGCCUAUGCUCUCUCCAUCAUCCCCACACCUCCACACACUUGGAGGCUUUCACUGCUCUCCAAGUCCUAACCAGGUACCGUCUCAGGCAGGGCACCCCCUCGCAGGGCAGCACUCCUCCCAGCUGCAGAGAGGUCUGGGCUACCACCCUGUAAGCCAGAGGUCAGCCUCCUGUCCCACACCUUCCACUGCACCCCAACAGCGAAUGAUCCCUUCUCCUCACUCUGGACCUUCUUCUCCUCAAAUCCACCCGCUGCCCUACCAGUCUCCCACUUCGUCCUCGCCCACUUCAGGUGGCAGUCCUCUGGGGCCCCUGCAGCAGCAACAGCAACAUUCAGGGCAGCCUUCGCCACAGGCUAUGAGCCCCGUCAUGACUAGUCUGUCCCCCUCAGCUGUGGGGCCACUGGGUCAUCCUCAGGGGCCGUUUCCCUCAGAAGGGGAGAGGCUAAAUAUUAAGCAGGAGCCAGAGGACAGGGAGCCCACCUUCCGCUCCAUCGGCCUGCAGGAUAUCACGCUGGAUGACGUAAACGAGAUCAUCGGCAGAGACAUGUCCCAGUCGCCCAGUGCUCACGGCCCUCCAUCGUCACACAACCAUUCGUAGCUCAGACCAUCACACAGCAUCUCUGGGCUUCAUUCAGCAUCACCUUCAGCUCUUAAACUCCAAGGGAUACAGCAAAACUCCCAAGGCUGGCCAAGGUGGCCACCCUGUUGAAAGAUGCUUAAAAACCGUGGUUUGAACGCAGAGCUGACUUCAUGUCAACCUUAUAUCCCUGAGAUCUCAGAUGGAAAAAAACACCCAAAUGCAGAAACAUCAUCAGGACAGAGCCGCUGCCUGUUUUUGCGCUGCUGCCUGUUAGCUUGUGUCAGACGCUGUCCUGCCUAUCAGCUCCAACUCCAGAGCUUCUAACGUUUUAGACCCUCGACCAGCAUCCACCCAAGACUUAAAGAUGCAGCUAGCAGCUUUGUUGCCGGUAUCCAGGGCUGUUUUUACUACUUCUUUAUCUGAGCACUUAACGUCUAUUAAAGAGAAAAAAAGUGACUAGCUUUGCCAUUCAGUAACUAAUGCAAAUCUUUACUUUUUUUUUUUUAUUCUUAGUAUGAGAAUAUCUUGUUUUUGCCUAAAAGUUAAAAGUGGUCAGGUGUGGGAGUUCAGCAGCUAGUUUUUAUUCUGCAAAAUGCAACAUUCCACAGACCUGCAGCUGUGUAGUCCUCUGUACAUUAACGCAGCCCAUAUUACUCCAUUAGAGCUCUCCGUUUUUCCUUUGAACAAAUGCCUUAUUAAAGUUUAGCAGCUCUGAACAGUAGCAGAAGCUUUUUGUUUUGUUCUCACAGACUCAAGAGUGCAUCGUUUUUUUUUUAACAAUGAUUUUUGAUUUCACCACAAAGUUAUUUAGUUUGGGUUUUAUUUGAAAACUCCUAGAGGUGUGUUUCUUAUGUUGGUCCUCGGAGAUAGAGCUCUCUGCUACUAACACCUAUUUAUGCCCCCCCCCCCCAAAAAAAUGUGCCUUUGAUUUCCUGACACACACCAUGCUUUCAUAUGACAGCCUGCUCAGGCCUUGAUGGAAAAAUGUUCUGAGAAAUAUUGUGAAAGUAUUUUAUACAUAAAGAUGUCUGUAUAUUGUAUUUAUGUAGCGUCCUCAUUUGUAAAGAACAAUUUAAAAUCCUAGAAUCCAGAGAGCAAAAUCUGGACGUUUGGGGUCUUCCUUACAAUUCUGCUUUGCAACAAUCAAUGUUUGCUCUUCACAAUCAAAUGGUUCUUUUACAUACAAGCAUGGAAGAAAAAAAAAAAAUGACUAGACCAUCCUUGUCCUUUUUCCAAAGGUUUGAACAUGACAACAAAGAAAGGGUUGUCUAAUGAUUUUUUCCCCCCCAUUAUUGUAGUUUCCAAAAUGACUUUUAUGCACGAGGAUUUGCUCCUAUUUUCCCCCCAGCUAGAGCAAUUAAGCGGUGCCUGUAUGGCAGCAAUAAGUCAUACUCCAGGAAAAACGUGUUCAGAGAUGGACGACGCAGACAGAACCAUCUGGAUGCUGGUUUGAUGAUUUCCACUGAUUUUUAUGUUUGCCUUAAGAUGGAUGGUGAUUUGAAGCCAGUUUUCAGGUGAAAAUGAUUCUGCUAUGCAUUUAUAUUCUGCUUAAUGCCUUUUAAAAUAAUAAAAAAGACAGAAAAAAAUGACCUUGAUGCCUCUAGACGUAUAUUGUAGACUUGUAGAUGCUUGAAAGGAGGAUACAGUGUAAGCAUCUCGACUCAGUUGUGCGUAGAGGAUGGAAGGUAGCUGUUUGAACCAAAUUUCUUGUACAUAGGAGAACUUUCCAACCACAGAAGCACACAUUUAGGCUAUGCAAGGGAUAACAUGACGUCAAAUAUUAG